CAACUCUUCCUCCUCCAACUCCAUCUCUCGCUCGCUUUCUGUCUAUUUUCUCUCUGUUUGCUGCGCCGCCGCCACCGGUCCACCACCACCCCAAAGCACUGGUCGACGCCAUCUCCGCCUCCACCAUCUCCGCCUCCACCAUCUCCGCCGUAUACAGGCUUCACAGUAACAGAGAUUCGAGAAAAGGAUGGCGUUGAGAGGAGUGUGGCAAUUGCAAAAACUGGUUGUGAGCUAUUCUGAUUGGGGAGGAAGCAGUAGGGGCAUCAGAUCAUUUAUGGAGACAUAUCUACCGACAUUUAAGGAGAAGAAUCCUCAGCUAGAGGUGAUUACUGAACUCAUCCGCGGUCAGCACCCACAUCUGAAGGGCUUAUACAAGAACAAGACUGAAAAGGUGGUAUGUGUGAAGAACAUGGAUUCAGAAGAGGUUCUUCAAUAUGCAAACAGGCUAAGAAACCAACUGGGGAGAAAAGUGGUGAAGCUGAAGACUAGACAUGUAACCAAACAUCCCAGCGUGCAAGGUACCUGGACAACUGACGUAAAGUUUUGAAGCACAAGAAACAAUCGCAUCGCAAACAGUUUCUUCUGGUGUGUUUCCGAGCAGUUGUGGACUAUAGUUCGGAAUUGGUAGUCAAGUCAGUUGUUUACUUUAGCAGCUUCUCUUCUAUGAAUAUGGUAUUAUGUUCUUGAUCAAAUAAUUUAACCUCAUCAAGAUGCUGUUCGAGAUUAUGAUAUUCUCAAUUGGAUGCUUACAUGGAAAGUGACUGCUUAUCAUCGAGAAAAUAGAAAAAAAGGCUUAUUUUUA